AUGGCGCAUUUUGUCAAAAGUACAGUAUUGGGUGGAAAUUUCGAAACGCCCGAAAGAUAUACCGAUCCAAAGACCCUGAAAAUUGGAGUUUCUGGUCUUGUUUGGUAUGUCAUCGCCAUUCAUGAAAGUGCAAAUUUCGAUGUGUUGUGUAAUCUGACGACUCUCUUCACGGUCAGCUCUUCUUGGGAUCAGGUCAAUCAGCAAUAUGUCGCGGUCAAAAAAAUUCUGAAUCCAUUUGCGACUCCAGCUACUGCAAAAUCCAUCUUUCGAGAGAUCAAAUUACUGAAACGCCUCAGGCAUGACAAUGAAUGUUGCUCAAUGGCAGGUCCUCUAUGGAUAAAACUAACCAUGAAGCAGAUUAUUUCUCCCGUCGACAUUUUCAUUUCCCCUGCAGAAGACAUAUAUUUGGUCACAGACCUCAUGCAAACAGACUUACGAACACUCAUUGAGUCUAAAUCUAUUGGGGAUGAGUUUGUUCCGUUUUUGCUGUACCAAAUGCUUAGGGGACUGAAGUAUCUUCAUUCAGCUUCUAUUCCACAUGGAGAUCUCCGACCCGAAAGCAUCUUGAUAAACCAAAAUUGUGAUCUCAAGAUCUGUGACUUGGGUCUCCCAGGGGUUCAGGAGACACAUGCAAUGAGCUACAUUGCGACCAGAUGCUACCGAGCCCCAGAACUUCUACUAACUUGUCAGAGUUAUGACGAGAAGGUCGAUAUUUGGAGUGCAGGGUGUAUAUUUGCCGAAAUGUUACAAGGAAGACCUCUUUUCACGGGACGAAAUCACGUUGAGCAGUUCUGUGCCAUGACCGAGCUACUCGGUACUCCUAGUGACGAUUUUCUGGCUAAGAUCACGUCGCAGUCUACGCUGCAUUUCAUACAAUCUCUCCCAUAUUACGAAGGCACUGGACUCUCAAACAUGAACUCAAAUUUCGUUUCAACCGCUCUCAAUUUACUUGAGAGAAUGCUGGUAUUUGACCGCAAUGAGCGAAUCAGCGCCUCAGAUGCACUCGCCGCUCUCUAUCUUGCUGCCUAUCAUGACCCCACAGAUGAGCCUAUCGCCGAUCAUAUAUAUGAUUGGUCAAUUCAUGAAAGAUGGAGCUCAAAUAAUACAUUGAAGAUGGAAUUAUAUGACGAGAUAAUUGAUUAUCACAAACAAUCUGAGAUUCGACAAUUCGUAAAGAAUUGGGCACAAAGUACCUCGGGGGCACAAUGUUGA